CAGUGGAGGGAUUGGCAGAGAGGGGUGGAGGACACUGAGUGGGGGCCAGUGGAGGGAUUGGCAGAGAGGGUGGGGGUCAGUGGAGGGAUUGGCAGAGAGGGAUGGAGGACACUGAAUGGAGGCCAGUGGAGGGAUUGGCAGAGAGGGAUGGAGGACACUGAGUGGAGGUCAGUGGAGGGAUUGGCAGAGAGGGAUGGAGGACACUGAGUGGGGGCCAGUGGAGGGAUUGGCAGAGAGGGGUGGCAGAUACAGAACGGUUAGUAAGAUGGAUGAGUCUGGCAGCAGCAUUCAUGAAAGACUGAAGAGGGGAUAGCCUGCGAUAAGGUUGGCCAAUGAGGAGGGAGUUACAAUAGUCAAGGUGAGAGAUAACCAGGGAGGAAAUAAGCUGCUUAGUGGUUUCCGAGGUUAGGAACGGGCGUAUCUU